AUGGCUGGAACAAACGCGUACAUGGUCGCCAACCUCAUCGAAAAGAUGAGCAACGACGACCGUGAUUUUCGGUACAUGGCUCUCAAUGACCUGAUAAACGAGUUGGAGAAGAAUGCUGUCAUCAAUAUCGACGAGGCCAUUGAGCACAAGGUUAUUACUGCCGUCCUUGGUUUGAUGCGUGACAAUAGUGGUGAAGUGCAAAACCUUGCUGUCAAGUGCUUGGGUCCUUUGGUGAAGCGGGUCCGUGUGGAUAACACUUUGGAGAUCAUUGAAAAGUUGAGCGACUAUGCAACGCAAACAGAGGAUGAAAUGCUUCGAGGAAUUGCUAGUAUGGGUCUUAAGACUGUCAUUUCCGAGGUCGAUCCUUCCAUGGGUGAACACAUUUGUCCUCGAAUCCUACCAAGGCUUUUAGAAAUGGCUCAAUCAUCAUCGUAUGAAAUGCAAAUGGAUUCCCUUGAUAUUCUUGCCGAAGUGCUUUCUCGGUUUGGAUCCCAGGUCACCAGUGAAGAGCAAUCUCGAGUACAGCAAGUAUUGAUGCCAUUGUUGGAUCAUCCACGUGCUGCAGUGCGUAAGCGGACCACAGUAGCCAUCGGUUAUUCAGUCGUACAUCUUACCGAAGAAAUGUAUUCGACAUUGAUGGAGCGUUUGUUGCGAGGAUUGGAGUCUACCAAGAGCAGUGAAAAAUUACGUACGUUGAUUCAAUGUGCUGGUGUCUUAAGCCGUUACAGCACGAAGCAUUUGGGUGGUUAUCUCUCCCAAGUGAUGCCUAUCAUUGUACAACACACUGUCCAAGCCGAUGAGGAUGAUGAGUUACGCGAGAUUUGUCUGCAAUCCUUGGAAUCAUUUGUGGUCCGAUGCCCAACAGAGAUUACUUCCUAUCUCAAUGAGAUCAUCAAGCUUGGAUUAGAGUAUAUCAAGUACGAUCCCAAUUAUGCAGAGGAUGAUGAUGAUGAGGAGGAUGAAGAGAUGGAAGAGAGCGAGGACGAUGAAUUUGAUGAUGCAAUUGAAUAUUCAGAUGACGAUGAUGAUAUUUCCUGGAAAGUGAGACGUUCGGCCACCAAAUUACUAGCAGCUGUCAUUGAGACAAGAUUGGAUCUUCUUGAGCAACUUUACGAGAACGUCGCACCAGCUCUCAUCAAUCGAUUCAAAGAACGGGAAGAAACAGUGCGCAUUGAUGUAUUGCAAACGUUCAUCAUUUUAUUGCGACAAACCGGCAUUCAUGAGCGACAAGAAUUGAUCAAACUUGAAGAAGCACGUCGCGUCAAUUUGUAUUUUGAUACCACUGGAUUCGGUGAAGAGCUUUGCCUUCUUCCAGAGAUUACGCCUCGUGCAGUGACCAAACCAACUCAAGGACCAAAGCUUUUACUUUCUCAAUUGGUUCCCAACCUUACCACAGCUCUUGCAAAGCAACUCUCUUCCAAGUCAACACAAACACGUCAGGCUGGCUUCCAUCUUUUGCGUGAACUCCUUUAUGUCUUGCAAAGCGGACUUGAUGAUCGUAUCCAACUCUUUAUUCCUGCCAUUGAAGGAUCGCUUACAGCUGCAGGUGACCAGCAACAAGUUGCAUUGACAUCCAAUCUCAGAAUUGAAGUAUUGGCCUUUUUACGCCAAUUGUUCCGUACGCAUGAACCAGCAUCGUUGUAUCCCUUCCUUGAUCGUCUUGCUCCAGCUGUGAUCCGUACAACAUCCGACAGACUCUACAAGAUUGCAUCAGAAGCGUUGGUUGUGUGCAUCGAGCUGCUCAAAGUUAUUCGACCCAUCAAAUACAACAGUGAGACACAGCAAUACGACAUUUCGCCCAUGAACGAUCAAUACAUGCCUUACAUCCAUGAUAUUUAUCGAGCCACGGUUCAAAUCAUGACCACCAGUGAUGCUGAUCAAGAAGUCAAGGAACGAUCCAUCAUGUGCUUUGGUGCGUUGUUGUCUCAAACCAACGACGUGUUGCAAUCAGAACAACGAGAGGCUUGGGAUAUGCUUUUGGAACGUUUAAGAAACGAAGUGACUCGUGUGAUUACCAUGCGCACAUUGGCAAUCGUCUGCCAAAGCCCUGUGACCGUUGGAGAAGAAUCAAAACGCUGUGCAUUGGAGGCUGUGGAUGAACUUGCCAUGUUGCUAAGGAAAAGCAAUCGCAACUUGCGUGUGGCAAGCGCACAAUGCCUACGUAUCCUUGUCAAAAAAUUCGGAGAGUAUCUCAGCGAGCAAAGUUAUCAAAACCUUGUGAAUGAAGUGGUUCCUCUCUUGUCCGAUGACGAUUUACACUUGUUGCCUCUUGCAUUGCGUCUCAUGGAAACCUUGAUUAUUGUGCAACCCGCUUCAGCAAAACAAGCCAAGACUACGAUCCUACCCACUCUUCUUGGAUUGAUCCAAUCACCAUUGUUGCAAGGCUCUGCGUUGGAUAGCUUAUUGGAUUUGUUUGCUGCAUUGGGAAAAGCCGAUCCUCAAGAUUAUCAAGAAUUGGUACAAAGCUUAAUCAACCCCAUGUUGAGCGCACAAACAUCCGGCGUGUCCGCAGGUGGUGUUGCAGCCGUAGCCAACAAACAAGCCGCCGCCACGGUUGCUCAAUGCGUCGCUGUGCUUGCUGCUAAUGUAGAUGGUGCCAACCGCAACGAGACGAUCAAAAUGUUUGGCAAUUGGAUCGAGACACCAUCCACCAAUGAUUCUAUCAAGUACCUCAGCUUGUUAACGUUGGGUGAGCUUGGACGAAGAAGGGAAUUGGAACAAAUCGAUGGCAUUCAACAGAACAUUCUUGCAUUAUUCGGUGCUCAAUCUGAGGAAGUCAAGUUUGCCGCUGCCUUUGCUUUGGGCAACAUCAGCGUUGGCGAUAUCAACAAACAUUUACCUGUCAUCCUCUCACAAAUCAAGGAGCAGCCCAAGAAGCGAUACUUGCUUUUGAACUCUCUUAAAGAGGUCAUCACGCGUUCGAAUGAAGGAAACAAGCUUCAACAAGUAUCCACCAUGAUUUGGGAAGUUCUUUUGGAAAGCUGUGACACUGAGCAGGAGGAGGGUACUCGCAACGUGGCUGCUGAAUGUCUUGGUAAACUGGCACUUACGGAUCCCAACCAAUAUUUCCCUGUGUUACAGACCAAGUUAUCAGCACCUUCUGCCUAUAUGCGUGCUACGGUUGCCACGGCUAUCAAAUACGCGAUUGCUGAUCCUACGAAUGAACAUGAUGAUCUCUUGAGGCCGACUUUGAGUGGUUUAUUGCCUUUAUUGAAGGAUGAAAGCUUGGAGGUGCAACGAUUGGCAUUGCUUACACUCAACUCCGCCGUGCAUCGCAAGCAAGCACUCGUCAAGGACAUGCUCAGUGACAUGAUUCCUUUGUUGUAUCAAGAGACCGUGGUGAAGGAAGAGUUGAUUCAUACUGUUGAAAUGGGUCCAUUCAAGCACAAGGUUGAUGAUGGUCUUGAAAUUCGCAAGGCCGCAUUCGAAUGCUUGUAUGCAUUGUUGGGCUACUUUGAUUCCAUUGAUGCCAAUGAUUUCUUGGAUCGUGUACGAGAUGGUUUGAAUGAUCAGCAUGAUAUCAAGAUGCUUGCCUAUUUGAUGUUGGGUCGUCUUGCCAAGAUUGUGCCCAGUGCAAUUCAACAACGCCUUGAUGAAUACGCCGAGCCCUUGAAAACAACCUUGGACUUUAAAAUGCGAAGCAAUGCUGUCAAGCAAGAAGUCGAAAAGAAUCAGGAAUUGGUGCGUGCCACAUUGCGUUGUAUAGUCUCUCUCCAAGGACUUGAACAUUCAGGAUCUCCCAAAUUCAAUGCCCUUUUGAAGGAAGUGAAAACAGGUCCACUUGCAGAGGAAUACAAGAAAACUAUGGCUGAAGUCGAUAGCCGUGAAGCAACCCGAGGGACCAAUGAUUACAUGGAUUUAUCGUAA